AUGAUUGGCCUCAAGGCCUGCCUUACGGCAAUGGCAGCAUACGGUCUCCUGAGAGGUGUCUCAGCCGCCCCCACGUUCGCAUUGUCGCCACCCGACGAGUUCCUUCAACCUGGCGCCGACAAGGCAAAUUGCCUCGGCUUCCGGGAGGCCCUGCCGGGUGACACCUGCCUCUCACUUUCCCUCGCUUCCGGCAUACCCAUUGAGCGCUUCCUCCAGAUCAACCCGCAGAUCGGCCGGGUCGAGGACUGUCCCACCAGGCUCCUCGCCAACUUCUACUACUGCGUCGCCUCCACGCUCUACGGCGAGGCUUUUAGCUACGCCUACCUCCCGCCCCUCACCGACCCGGGCCUGCAGACCCUGCCGACGCCGACGCCAACGCCGCCCAAGGCGACAGAAGCACCCGCGGCGCCAACCCGCACCCCGCCGUCCCGCGCCACCAUACUCGAGGUCCUACCGACCGCCGCACCAGAGGGGGCCAAGCCGCCGUCGGACCUAAAGUGCGAGAUCGGACCCGAGGCCAACGACAACCAGUGCUACAAGACGUUUGCGCUAUAUGGGCCCACGGCCAGCUCCAAGGUGUCCGAGUGGUGCAAGACCUUCCUCUGGUCCGAGGUCUCGGCGACUGCCUUUGACGCCUGGGACCCGCACACCACGAUCCCAGAGGCCCCGGGCUGGCGCCUCCGCGCCGCCUGCAGCGGAAAGUACAAUGGUGCACCGGCCGCCAUGAGCACGUUUUGCUGGUGCGUUCACGAGAAAAAGUAUCCCGCGCCCACGUGGUCGCUACAGGGGCGACCCUGCGUGAACCCGGUCCUGAACCCUUGCACGCCUCCUGGUUAA